AUGGCCUCAUCUUCUCAACCUAGACGACACUCGCAAUUUCGACCUUGUAUAGAUUUACAUCAAGGGGUAGUAAAACAGAUUGUAGGUGGAACGUUGGAUUUGGUCAAUGAGGACGGUCAAGAUAAAGGUCCCAAAGAGAACUUUGUAGCUACUCAUCCUCCUUCAUUUUUCGCGAACCUGUACAAAUCAAAUGGGCUGACAGGAGGACAUAUAAUUAAGCUUGGUCCAAACAACGAUGAAGCCGCUCAAGAGGCUUUGACGAGUUGGAAAGGUGGGAUGCAAGUUGGCGGUGGAAUCAAUGAGGAUAACGCAAGUGAAUGGCUGGAGUAUGGUGCUGAAAAGAUCAUAGUGACUAGCUACUUGUUUCCUUCAGGCAAAUUUGAUGAAUCUCGCUUGAAGAGAAUAUCAGAUAAAGUAGGUAAAGAUAAAUUAGUCGUUGAUAUCAGUUGUCGAAAAAGGGAGAAUGGCUGGAUAGUAGCUAUGAAUGGAUGGAAAACACUCACAGAUAUGUCCGUGACUGCUGAAUCGAUAAGAUUGAUUGAACAAUACUGUUCAGAGCUUUUAAUCCACGCUGCAGACGUAGAGGGCUUAUGUCAAGGAAUAGAUGAAGAACUGGUCACUAAAUUAGGUGAAUGGGUAAACAUACCCACCACUUAUGCUGGAGGCGCCAAAGAUAUUUCAGAUCUCCAAUUAGUGGAUCAACUGUCAAAUGGGAAAGUGGAUCUGACAUUUGGUUCAUCACUCGAUCUAUUCGGCGGUACAGGUGUAUCAUUUGCAGAACUCGUUCAAAUUGAUAAAUUGGCAAAAGAACUUUCCAGACAGUAG